GACGCGCGCAUUAGAAUUAGAAAUUAGAGGCAUCGGGAAUUUAUCACUGAUCAGCAGUUUUGCAGCGUGUGGGACUUUAUUUCGAUGUACCAAACAGCAUCAACUGGAUUAAUUUUGGAUUUUUAUGAAUAUUUUCCAGGUCACGCCCCCCUUGGCCAUCAUUGGCUGCAAGUGAUCACGCAACAUCACUUGGCCUAUCUGUGCUGCAGGAAAUUUGGUGCGCCCAGUAGUCGACUUGUGACUGUCGUGAUGAUAAGGAAGAUUCCAAACAUCAGCAACUAUGCACAAGGCAACCAUACGCAAGCAUGUUGUCAGGAAAUUUCUAGAGAACUACAUCACACCUAAUGAGAAACAGCAGAUUAUGAAGAUUUCGGGAACCAAUGGCAAUAACCUCCACAAGGCUGUGACAGAAAGUGGUGAGAGUUUUCUGCUCAGCAUGCCCAAAAAGUUCCGCAAGAUCUUCUGGAUCAAAAGAGGUGAUUUUGUGAUUGUUGAUCCUAUUGAAGAAGGUGACAAGGUGAAAGGAGAGAUUAGCUUCAUUCUGUACACGGACCAUAUACACUAUUUGAGGAAACUUGGCAUCUGGCCUAAAGAAUUUGAGGCAGGAGGAGUAGGAGGGCAGCUGCAGGAAGAAGCACAGAAAGAUGAGUGUAAAACCAAAGAGCAAGAUGAGGAAGAGAAUGACUGUGACAACAGUGAAUCUGACAAUGAACUGGACCUUUUUGUUAACACAAACCGAGCCACUGUGUGGUACAGUGAAAGUGAUGAAGACUCAGAUAAAGAUGACGAUGAUAAAGAUUAAUCAUUUUUUAAAAAUAUAUUCUUCUAAACCUUUUGA